CAGCAAGUGCACCUACGCCCAGGUUUCCCACAUGAAGAGCUGGAUCGCAUUUUCAAUGGGACAGAGGGGGCAAAAGCAUCUCCCGCUCCGUCUUCGUCCUUCCAUUCCAGCUUUGUGGCAGACACGCACCAUCGACGGGCGUCAUCAGCUAUUCCCAUGGCGCCUACAGUGUACAAAGAACGAGGCACUCUAUUGGGCCACAAAGUAGAUUCAAACAUCCCAUGCUGGCCAGGCAGUGGCUUUGUCCCUCUUGCCCUUCCCGUUCGCAAGAAGCCAGCAACCCACCCCAAGCAACCUCCUAUCGACAACAAUCCUCCACUCACUGCCGCUGAUCCCUCCACCGUUUUUACGGCGUCAUCUAGAAAGCCACGAGUGUCUGUUCCACGCAUAUCCAUUCCAAAGAAGAGUCGACCGCGACCACCUCCAUCCGCAGAAGUACAAGUGACGGCGAACAAUCCCCACACGAAACGCACGCCUCGAUCGUCCCACCUGCGCGACGACAUUGCAUCAUUUCACGUACACACGACAGUCAAAGCGCACCAGGAGGUACCACCAACGCUGGUCGACAUGGACGACUGUCAAUACAACCACGAACGUCGUGUUGAGCAAAAGCGAUGGUCGGAGGCGGUCCAGUGGUUGAAGCUACAGCGGGAAGCCCUUCAACUUGGCGACAAAGGUCCUGACAGAGACGCGAAGCGCCAGCGGCUUUUUGACAUGGAUCGGCAAGUACGGGCGCAGAAUCAAAAACGAUUUGCCAAGUCCCCACCACAACGAGCCCCAACAAACUCACCAAAACUGAAAACACACACACCUGUGCAGUGGGAGUUACCUCCUCGAAAGCCGCCCGUACCUCGCCUUCACGCCGCCACCAAGGGCAAACGCCGCCAGACGCAUGACUACUCCAGUGGCCAUCCGCCCCAGCCAAACCACGACGGCGACGGGAAUAACUAUUCAGGGGAUGCUGUCCUACGCCCUCCACGACGCCCAGCGACCCGAAGAAAGCGAAAAGUCGCCCCCGAGCCACCGCCGCCUGCAGCGGAAGCCGACAAAAUGUCAGAGGACACGCAAAAGCGCCGGCAGCUGGCGCGAGUGUACAUGGAACAGCAAAAGGCGAAGCGGAAAGAACGGGCUCGACAGCGUCGAAGGCAGGACGAAGAGGAGGCUGUUUUGAGGAGGGAGCAACUCGAGAAAUUGGAUGCGGUGCGGUGGCAGCGGGUGCAGGAAAGUGUCGCGCUGGCCAAAAAGAGUGGCGGACACGUUCGCUCCAACCCCGACAACAACCGCGAGGCGCCGUCGUCGUCAUCGAUGACCGAAUUGCUGCUUGGGUUUCGGACUUUGCCACCACGUUCAAAAAAGUUGCAACCGACGUACGAAGAGGAUGUAAUUCCACUCGACAACGACGACCAAAUCACUGACAGCGCACAAGAGGAACCAAAUCUGGACGAGGACUUGUGGAGCAGCGGGGACGACCAAAACACGGACGAGGUGGUGGAAAGUGAUGACGGCGACGAUGGUGAUGAUCGAAGGUGUGCUGUAGAAGUCCUGCCAAGGACGGACCCACCGCCGCCCCCGACGUCGUCGUCGCCGCCGCUGCUGUUGUUGAAGCUGCAAGCGCUCAAACAAUUGACCGAUCAAUUGACAUCUCGUGUGGGCCGACUGUCCAACAACAACGAAGUCGACUUAGACGACCAUGAUGGGGCGACGGCGCAAUCUACUCGUAAUGAAGAACGCGGUUCCGUCGAUGAACUUGAUGAGUCGAACGACGUGGCGUCGUCGGGGGAUGACGAGGACGCGGGUCCGCCACACCAGCAUCGGCCGGAUCGAACUGCUGCCUUGGAAGCGUCGUCAGCCCCGUCGGCAUCGUGGCAGACGCCAGACAUCCACCUCGAUGCCCCUCCGGAACCCGCUCCUUGGCAGCGAUCAAUGGAUUCCGAAGACCGUACUCCAUGGUGGGAAGACGAGUCUGAAUCUGCGAGGCUCGUUUCUAGCCGCGUCGACUUGCCUACAGUUGUGCGUGUACAGUCGGACACUAGAGUGCAUCAACGAUACGCCAACGGGGACGGCGACGAGACCCGUACGACGACAACGGAGGCCCAUGUGUCCCGUGCUGCUUCGCUGGUUGACGGGAAUGCUUCGUCUUCCACGGACGACGAUGACGACAAGCAAGUGGCGCGGUGGAUGGCUCUGCGACAACGUCGACAGCUUGGAGAAAUCCGUGACGAGGCGGCGCAAGUACAACUUCACCCCGGUCAAAACGACAAACUUCAUUCUGUUGGGUAUCGAGAAUCACCUUUGUUUGGCCCGACGAGCCUGCAAAGUGCCCGCAACCACCCGAUGGGGGACCGUCAUGACGAUGACAACGAUGACGCAGAGCUGGAUCGGCUGAUUCAUGCGACGCGUGAUGCGUACAGUGUCGUGGACAUGUAUGCACAGCAACUGUUCCAGCAGCAGCAACAAAAUCGCAUCACGUUCGAACUCAGCGCUGCGACGGAGAACAAGGACGUGCCUGCCCUUGCCGACCGAAUUGAAGAAAUCGCAAGCGAUACCGACAGCCGAUCCCAGGACGAUGGUCGACAAGACAUGGACGAUUUGGCUGACUCGAUCCGGUGGCCAAAAGAUAUCCACACCAUGGACAAGGUCAGCUCGACGACUGUCCACGAGGAUUAUGCACACGACGACGACGAUGGACCGGCUUGCGGCGGCUACACCGGUCGAUCUAUCGAAGAACUAUUGGCCGAGGCCAGCCGUGUACUGCAGCGGUCGUCGUGUCACGAGGAAGAAGCCGACAACAACGCCAGUUCGUUCUGGGACCGGGCCAUGCGACGUGACGACAAUGCACUUGGACGGCAAGUUCCCAGCAGUCCCAAUCGAUACGCGCAUCUGCCUCGAGUCGUCAUUGCGAUGGACGACGAUGCCAAUCUUCGGCACUCGCCACGGACGCUGGCGAGACAGUUGAUGGCGGCCGUGGACUUUCAAGAGUCGCUGCACGAAGCGCAGAUGAAUCUGUCGGCGUUGGAGUACGCGCACGAAGUGGAACGAAACCAAGACGAGACGCUGGUGUGGGGCCAGGCGAUCCAGGACGAAGUGGACUCGAUGGCCCAGGCCCAACUGCUGCUGGACCAGCAUUUGACCAUGCAGGAAGAGUUCCAUCAACAAGAACUCGUCAUGCAAGCGAUGGGACAUGCGGCCCAAGAGCGCGACAAACUCGUGGAACAAGCGUGCCAAACUGACCAACUGGCGCGGCAACACGCGUCGACGAUGGCCCAGUGGACGGUGGAGACGGGGACGAUGGCGGUGGAAGCGCGGGAUGGAGGCGCACAGUGCACUCUGCAGCACUCAAUCGCCAUCCAAAGCGACGACCGGGACCUCCUUGCUUGGGAAUCUCAAAUGUUGUUUCGAGAUCAAGCUAGUAGUCCCGUUCGCAGUGCGGAUGCUUCAAUGGAAGGCGAACGGCGGGCCCAAUUUCACUUGGCCAUAGACACACCACACGUCAUCCCAAACACUUUGGAAACGUUUGAGACGAGCAGCCAUAUCAAAGAAAGCGCGCCGUCCAUUGCGAUCGUAGACAGUGUGCAGUCGCUUGAAGUGAUGGUCAAGGAUCAAGGUGAUGAGACGACCUAUUCGGAGGGAUUUGGCAGCCCAACCAAGGAGGUCUCUUGUGGUGACGAUAUUCCCGACCAAGAUGAGGCAGACAAGUCGACGUUGUCCGAGGUGUCGGAAGUAUCAGAAGACAAUAUUGACACCACGUCCAAAGGGUUUGAAAGUCCAGACCACGCUAGCGUGCCAGACGAUUCUGACAAUGUCCAAAUGGACGCUCCGGACGAACCCUGUUCAGUUCAAGGGACCGUCGAGUCGGAAGAGUAUUCCGAGGGGUUCGACAGUCCCCCAAAGCCAACGUCGAGCCCCAACGUACCAGAUAUCGACGACGAAUACGAAGUGGAUGCUGCUGUGUCGGAGGUGAAGAGCGAAGGCAGCUUGGACGAGAUUGAAGUGGCCGUCCCCUCCAAGCUCCAACACGCCGUGGCCUCGGAUGUUGACGACGAUGAAGUAGAAUCGGUAGUCGAUGUAGACAUUGAACAAGUCAACGAAGGGGGCGACUCGAUGCAAGACGAAGAAGGCAACUACUCGGAACCAUUUGAAAGCCCUCGGAGCAGCAAACCGAGCUCUAGUCCGCGUCGUGGUCAAGUUGCUCAGACGGACUUGAGCAAACAAGCUGUUCACAGUGGUCCAUCCAUAGCAACACACCAAAGGGGCAUGCCAUCCUUGCCAACGACGACACUGGACAAGGCGACGUCGGAGGAGCGCGUGGAAGCGUACUUUGCACAGCUGUGUCGCCGCGACCCCGAAAAGGAAGAGUACAUUCGCAGCAUCGUGGCGAGGAAGGCGAGCGAGGACAAGAUCCUCGACAUGCGCCAGCGAAGCCUCACCAGUCGACCAAACGUGUCCCGGAUGCAAGCGCAGGCCGAACGGUUGCAACUCGACAGCUGCCGGGCUGCCAAUCUCGCGCGCUGCUACGAAGACAUGAUGCUUUUCCGACAGGAUGAAGUGGAAGAUCCGGACGAAGUCCACAUCUUGGCGUUGGUAUUUGGCCAGUCGGGAGGUCAGGCUUGGAGCGCAACUGGUUGGGAAACGACUCAAGGCGUUGGUUUCAAUGGGAAUGAUCGGGACCGACGACGGGAGGCUCCGUUGGUAGUAGCGGCAUCCGAUCGUCAGACGAACGAAGAAGAAGGGCAUGAUGCGAAGGACGACAGCGACAUGGACAUGUCGGAGAAGAAGACGGAAGCUGCGGAAGAGGCCGAGUCGACCCCCGAAGAGUAUGACGAGUUUGAAGAAAAGUCUGUAAAGGCAGUGAGCGACGAGUUCCUGGAAGCCAACAGCGUCGACAGUGCAACUGCGGUUAAUGACAUCGCCGGGCACGCACAAACAAAAAACAUUGUAGACGGUCUUCGCGACUCGGACGGGAACGAGUACUCCAUGGACGACUUUGCAGCAACUCAAGGUGAAGACAUGAGUAUUGUUGUAGUUGCGGAUGUGGUCGUCGCGUUGUCUGGUGAAGACGCCAUGAUAUUUGACGAGGUAAAUUCAGGCCACCAAAUCGACAUUGCAGACGAAGACGAGUACUCGAUGGACGGCUUUUCCGCCAAGCAAAGCACCGACGACGACAACUUUGUUGAGGACCAAGAAGAAACGAUUGGUGAAACGGCCAAGUCGGUCGAUGUUGCAAGCGUGGAUGAGGACGGUGACGUAGAGGGCUUUGAGAGGCCGGACGACGCAUGCGGUUCUAGUGUCAUGGAACACGAGGCCGAAUCCGUCAAGAUGGUAGCCGACAAGGAUGAAUACUCUGUGGACGACGACUUCACGGCAGCAGGUGUCCCGAACGCUGACAACGGUGACGAUGGUUUGUCUAUCGACGAUGACGACCAAGCGUUGGCAGAUGGGGCUGUCGACAACAUUGAAGACGAACAAGCAGUUGCUGAAACAAUACCACGAGAGCCUGGACACGAGUACUCGACGGAUGAGUUUGCACAGUUAUCAAGCCCAGGGGAGAUUGCCGUACCAACCGACGAUGAGUACGGGUCCGACGAGUUUGACAAGUCGGUUGACGUGCACGUUGCCGACCAACGAAGCAACACGUCGGUGGAACUGCAGCGGGCGCUGGACAGAAUCGCCACGGACUUUCCCCACGACAUCGGACAGGACGAAGCUAAAUGGCAACGCCGAAAAGCCCAAGCGAUGGCGCUCGUGGCGGCCAAGGAACGCGCGAUUGCGCAGUUGAAAUACCACCAAGAAAUCAAACAAGUCAAUGCUUUGGUGGCGUACUCGCUCGCGUUGGACGUAGAACAAGAGGCGGGCACACCACCGAGCCCGGCGAAAUCGGUAGUUCCAACGAUGUCACAUGUGGCUGCAUCAGUAUCGAAAGAACACUUUGAAGGCAGGUCAAAUUCGCCGCCGGCAGCCGUCGAGCAUGCCGCCGAGUCCGACGCAUCGUACUCGGAUUCGUUUGAGAACAAGAGUGACGAUGUCGAGGACAAUGCAGUUCAAGUGGAAGCAUCCGACUUGGUGUGUGAGCCAGAGCAUAUGAUGCAACACGACGUGGUCGUCGUCGUGGAUCCACAGUCGAGUAUAUCUCGCAGCAUUGACGAGCAUGAGCUACGGCUGGCACAGUUAAAAGAAUCGCUCGCUUCCAAGCAAGAAGAAGCCGUCCAAUUGAACUCGCUGCUGUUGAAAGAGGCGCGGCGUGCGGCACUCGAGGCGGAAGAGAUCGCGAUGAGGGUACAACUGGACCAGACUGAACGCCUCGUAGCAACCAACCUGUCUCGACUGACCCAACUGCAGCAGCAACGCCAUGACCCUUCACCUGCGAUCCAUACCAACAUCACAGUGUCACAAGUACUCGAGUCGUCGUCUUUGGAGGUGGCGGACAUGAUGUGUGCACCUGCGUCAUUUCCAGACUUGAGUGAAACGCACGACCCUGACGGCAGCUCCGAGUCCGAUGCAGACUCGUCACUCGGAGAUGCCAAGGCAGCAGAACCACCAGUACUUCCAGAAGCAAACAGAUGUGGAUACCCCGUGGUGUUGGAAUUGGCUAUCGUCGAGGGCGACUCCAUCUCGGAGGAGGAUGAUGAAGAUGACGACGAUCAGUCGUUUGCCAGCCAGGACGACCUGACGGCGAUGACGGAGCCGCCCCCGUCGUCAGUGGUGCCAAUACAAGCGGAACAAGUUGUUCCUGUCCCCCAUGGUGAGGACGUUGGACCUGUUCGACCGCUGGUGAGCCAGAUCCCAGAUGUGCUGGACGAUUCGUUCACCAGUGUCGACGGUAAUACUGCUGCUACCAACGACAUGUUCGUGGGCUUUGAUUAUGUCGAAGAUGCUGCCCCUUCCAAUUGGAUGCAUGAAAUGGCGACCCAGACGACCCCCCAUGACAAUGAUGCUGGAGAGAUGCUUGCAAUGGACCAGUUCGAUUACAUCGAAAGUGUCGACCCUGUUGUGGUUGUUGAAAUGUCAUUGCCCACUAGUGAGACGACAGCAAAGUCGACAGAUCGCGAGGAGGACGAUCUGCUCGCGAUGUACGACGUCGUGGAAGCUGUCGACGACCCACAGUUGGCAGCCGACGCCUUUUUUGAAAACUGGGAAGUUCAAUACCAGAACUUGCUGGCUGGGUUUGAUCACGUGGAAGCUGCCGUCGCCCCCGACUUGGCCGCCAUACCAGUCCGACAUAACGCCAUGGAACAUGAAGACACUCAAGGAGCGAUGGAUUUAUUGCUUGGGUAUGACGUUGUCGAGGUGGUUGAACCUCAUGGAGCAGCAUUGGAUGAUGCGUCGACCGCCGACGGUCUGGUUGAGGGAACAUCGGACGUAGCAUUGGCGUCGGAGGCAUUUGUCCAAGUGCGAGAUGAUUCCGAGGACCAGCGUGAUCCAAUUCAGCACCACGUCCCAAGCGAUGCAUUGAACAACGAACACCUUGUCACAGAUGUCUGCGAUGCCGUUGGUUGGGCGGAGGAACUACCGCAGGGGGACGGACCGUUUCUUCCUAGUUCCAAAGACUUACUUGCAAAUUUCGACUACGCAGAAGAUGCGAUCCCACCAGCAGCCACGCGGCAGGUCCAGCUGCCGCAACUAGCGUCCAUGAAUCUCCUGGCAUCGUUCGACUUAAUUGAAGUCGCACUCGUGCCUCCAACCCCCGAAGUGUCAACUGCCCAGCGAGGAGUUUCCACCGCAAGAUCCAUCCACAAAAAGCACGAACCGCCAGCCGACACCCAAGUCGACACCGUCACGGACCUUGUGUGGAAGGACAUGCUGGACGACGUACUGACCAAAACGGCAGCAUUCUCGUCGCGUGAAAAUGCAAUAGACUCUACCCACAGUCAUCAAGUGAUGUCUGCUGAUAUUAGUAGCUCGAGCUCUCUUCCCCCAGCAACGCCUGUCAGCGUACUAGCGACGACAACGACGGAGCCAUCUUCCAAGGCACUUGUGGACCAAGUCACGGAUUCGCUAAUGGACGAACUCGUGCAAGAGUCUCUGGCGUUGGGUACAUGGGACAAGGGCACCCCUGCACUACCCGCAUGUGCAUCGUCUCAGCCGCACAAGCAGCCACGUCAGACCGUCGCCACUGCCCCCACGGACGCAGCCGCCUUGCGAAACGUCACAUACUUCCCCGACCAGUACUCGGCGCUGAUCCAAUCCCGUCAACCGUACGAUUGGACCUUGGUGGACCACGAGUUGCUUCGAAUGAUGGAGGAUGCUUCUGCCUCGAAUAACGUGGAUGCAUCUCAGCCACCCAUUUCACUUGCAAGACCCCCUAGCGUCAGCGACAGUGCAAUGCACACCCGGCGGCGUCUCUUGAAUGAGUGGACAACAAUCAACAAGACGUCGAGCCAAAACCGACCUAUCCUCCCGCCACCCCCUAUGCCAUUGCCGGCGGGGCCCCUAAGCAUCAAGGAGCUGGUUGUGGCCACUCAAGCGAUUACGACCAAGUCUGUAUCGACCGUGGUGCACUCGCUUGUGAAGGAUGCGGUCGGACAAGUGUCCAAUGGCCAACUCGCCGAUGCGUUGCUCAACUCGUUGCUGGAUGACACCGUCGCCGAGGUGUCGUCCAUCACAACAUGGACCUAGUUGGCCCACAACAUGACAUAUGGCGGACAUGCCUCGCGACGAUCAUUGCACGUUUCCGCGUAUCGUCAAUGUUGAUUCAGCAUUUCCCACGCAUUGCUGCAAGGAACUAUGUGUAGAAACUAGUACUGUAGUAGUCUAAAUUAAGAGAUUCACAAUUUAAUACUAAUAUGAAUAGCUACAUGUUUGGGCCAA